AUGGGCGCCGGCGCAUCAACAGAGGAAGCAAGACCCAUUGAUUGGGAACGGAGAUAUUACGAUGUCGAUGAAGCGUUCUCCGAACUUGCCGUGAAUAUGGAAAUGUCGGUUUCAUCGGACCUGCAAAAUCAAGAAAGGUUAAAAACGCAGGCCACCGAAUUGAAUAAGCUCAAGGCAGAAAUUGCACGCCUCAAAAAGGUGCAGAGCACAACGGUCUCGCUGGAAACAUGGAAUAGAUUCAAGCAAGAUUUUGCCGAGUUGAAUAACAAGAUAAAUCAGCAACAAAAAGCUAUGGUGGAUUCCGGCUUUAAAUGGAACCAAGAAAGGCAGAACUACCAGAAAGACAUAAAACACCUGAAAUCAUCACUGGACGUCUUGAAGCAUAAGACUGUACCGCAAUUGACCAAGCUCCUCGAAGACGAAAAGAAGCGCAGCGCGACACAACAACAACUGAUGGCUGUUGAGGUUGAAAAAUUCAAAGUCUCAACCGCCGAAGCAAGACAACAGCUUCAGCAAUCAAAAGCGGAAAUUAAGAAGCUGUCGGAGCAGAUGUAUAAUCGGACAAAAAUCAUUAUCGAAAAUAUUCCAAUGUGUUACGGUCAUGAAGAAGUGAUUGAGCAAAUUUUGUCAAAGGGCGAGCAUCUAAUUUAUUGGGAUGAGAGCCCGGAUAUGAUGUUGCGCCUUCACGGCGAAGAUGUUCAGCGAUGCGUGGCCUAUUUGGAUAGUGUCCAAGCUGCUGAAGUGGAAGCGUCGACCUUGGGACUGCCCGACCCGUCAAAUAACCUAAAUGUGGCUGAAACGUUGUUUUACGGCACGAAUCGACGAAUUUUGUGCGUAACAUGGUUGCCAGAAGAAGUCCCCGACGCCAAAUUGCUAGUCAUCGACCCAGGCUUGGAGCCAGGAUUUGAGAUGAAAAAUGGGAGACCGCGGACGGAGCGUUUGCAAACCGACCCGGGCAUCAUUGGCUUCAUCUUUUUCGAGGAUAUCGAUAAGGCGAAACAGCAAUCCUACUACGGGUUCAUCGACAUCGGCACGCCGCCGCAGAGAUUCUACACAGACUUCGACACCGGCUCCAACCGGACGUGGCAGGCAUGCAGCACGUGUACACAGGACAGUUGCGUCAAGCCGGAAAUAGGCAAGUUCGACUGCUCGGCGUCAUCCACGUGCAACAGGACGGACGUGGAAUUUGGAAUAAGAUACCAAGACGGCGACUUGGUACAAGGGCACUUGAUUCAUGACCAUUUGUGUAUCGCCGGCUAUCGCACAAAAUCGCCGGUAGCGAUUGGAUGCGCCGACCGAAUGAAGGGAAUGUGGAACCAGAAAAUGCCCGCAAUCUUCGGCCUCGACAUCCAGGGAAUGCCCGAGUCGGCGUUGCACAGUAUUUUCGAGGAUAAAGAAAACUGCCCGGAGCCCAUCUUCUCCUUCUACAUGAACACCACGCUUGAUAAGGAUGGAAAAGGCGCCGGUGAGAUCACGUUCUGCGAAGCGGAUCCCGAACACUAUGAGGGUGGAAUCACAUGGGUACCAGUCGAUCCCUCUCAAAAAGACAGGGCUUGGAUGGUGAUGCCCGACAAGUUCAUGGCCAAUGGCAAAGAGUUCCCGGGAGAGCUAACGUACAUCGACAGCGGCUCGACGAUUAUGUAUGUGCCGGAUGCGGUCCUGGAGAGUUUGGACCUACCCGUUGAACCCUACCCGUGCGCCAACGCCACCAAUUUGCCGGUGAUCUCGAUCUACCUGGGCGGCCGCGAGAUCAAGAUGACCGGGGCUGACUACAGUCGCGAGCUAUCGAGCUCCGGCACCUGCAUGCUCGGUAUCCAGGGCAGCCGCCAGAGCGGAAUGCCCUGGUUCAGCCUCUUUGGGGACAUCUUCAUGCGGAAGAUGUACACCGUGUUCGACUACGGCAACCGGCGCAUCGGGUUCGCCGACUUGAAAACGCCCAAAAAGCCGGCCUGCACGACAACGACGCCGCAUUAC